AUGCGAUCAUCCUCAAAUUAUUUUCUACCAUGCUGUGAAAAUGGCAAAACACUUCAUGUUUUUAGAUUUCCCAGUUAUUUUGGAAUAUUUUAUAUAGAACAUAGUGGACUUGGACGUUAUGGUGAUCCGAUUGAUCCAUUUGGAGAUAUUCGAGAAAUUCAUAAAAUCCGUUGCUUAUUGAAACCAGGUGGAAUAUUGCAUCUUGGAUUACCUGUUGGACGAGAUUCGCUGGUUUUCAAUGCACAUAGAAUUUAUGGUCAACUUAGGCUUGCCAUGCUUUUUGAAGGAUUUAAACUUAUUGAUGCUUUCGAAUCCAUGGUACGUUACUCGAUUCCUUUGAAUGUAGCAAUUUUUGAAAAAGAGAUUGGCCAGUUAACGCAAGUGAUAUUUGUUCUACAAAAAAUAUAG